CUUUCGAGACAAAAUUAUGUGGAACAAAACCCAAGAAGUAGACAAGUAUUAUUGUACGAAACACUAAAGUGGUUAUAGCGCAAUGAACACAAAAGAAGACCCGGUCGCUGAAACCAGCAGACAUUUGGAACAUACGGAAAAGACCAGGCUUUUAUCUACAUCACGGUCAGUGGAUAGAGGAUUAAGAAUUGGACAUCCAAAGGCGGCAUCUAAAGCAAGAAAACUGUUAGUCAUGUUGUCCUGCGUAAUGCAGUUGUUUAUAUGCAAUGGUAUUGGGUAUGGUUUGAGUGUUAUGUAUGCCGAGCUUGUGGUGGUACUUGAUGCAAAAAGAGCUGAUGCAGCAUUAGUACAAAGCCUGAAUAUGGGCUUAUCAGCCGGGGCUGGUAUUUUGUUUGCCGGCUUCAUCAAAAAAUACGGACCAGGAAUUUGUAUUGUUGUUGCAUCCGUCACCAGCAGUAUUGGUUUAUUUGUCAGCUGUUUUGCAAAUGGAAUUGGUCUGAUAAUAUGUUUCACAGGGGUUCUAACAGGACUGGCAAUGUGCGUUUGCUAUUUUGCUUCCUUUGUAACAAUAAGCUUAUUAUUCUAUAAGGAUCCAGGAUUCUAUUUGAUUAGUAUGACAUGUGGGACAAGUUUAGGACAAUUUAUCAUACCGCUUUUCUUUGAAAUUUUUAUAUCCCAAUAUGCAUGGUCAGGGGCUUUCAUUCUUCUGUCCGGUUUAUGUCUCAAUUGUUUGCAAUUCGGUUUGAUAAUACACUUUUCACGGGACUUUUUCUACAAAGGAAACGUUCAAAAUAAUAAAUCGUUAAGAGCAAGUGCAUUUUGUGACGUUUCUCUUUUGACGGACUAUCUAAUUUGGAUUUUAUGGUCAAACUGCUUUCUGCUGGCUUUGACAGCAAAUGUGGAGGCCUGGUUCAUCGUAGAUCACGCUGUGUCUAUAGGACUUACACGAGAAUCAGGUUCAUUAAUGGUUUCCGCAGUUGGGCUUGGCAAUCUGAUUGGUCGAAUCAUAGGGUCAGCCAUUCGAUUGAAAUGCACCAAAACACCAACUGUGUAUCAUUGGAUCUAUUUAUGCGUUUUGACGGCCGCCAUCCAUUUAUUUGUCCCAAAUGUGGGAGAAGUCUUUCCACUUAUUCUUGCAUGUUUGGCAACAGGAAUAGCUAUGGGCACCACAGCCGCUCAGGCUCCUGCUAUAAUGUUUGAAGCAUCCGGCUUGGAUAGGUAUCCCCAGGGAAUGGCUAUGGUUAACGUUAUGUAUGGAAUUGGUGAAAUGCUUGGUCCUUUGUUAGGGGGUAUGGUAAAGGAUCUUCUUGGGACUUACGAUUUAAUUUUCUAUAUUGCAAGUGGAGUCAGUGCGUACAUGAGUGUUUCUACUAUAGUCGCUGCAUAUUCUAUACGAAGACGUGUAUUAUGGACAUUGCCAAUUAAGAGAUUCGGGAUAGGCUUGUGCAUGCUGUGGGAGCUCUAUUGGGAUGUUUAGGUUUCGUCACAAGCUCAUUUGCACGAAAUUUUCAAACAAUUAUCGUUUGUACAGGAGUAAUAAAUGGUACUGGUAUGUCGAUAGGAUUUCUAGCCCCGUGUGUAGUAGUGGGCAUGAUAUAUAAUGGAGACUCUGGAUUUCAGAUAGCAUUGCUAACAGUUUCUGAAAGCUUGGGACAGAUGACAAUACCUGUUGUUUAUGAAGCUUUUCUUACUUACUAUCACUGGUCUCCGGGGCCUUUGUUCUUCUUGCAAGUAUUGCUCUGCAUGGUGUUCCUUGUGGGCUUCUUAUCUAUUAUUCAAGACACCUACUUGUCAGUAAAGACGAUAAAGAUGUUAAAUAUUCUAGUGAUGCAUGUGCCAAAGAGCUGUUAACGGACCCUGUGAUAUGGUUAUAUAUAGUAAUAGUUUUAAUAAUAUUCAGAACAGUAAAUUUUGAACCGUGGUGUCUGGUGGACCAAAUGGUAUCUUUGGGAUGUUCACAACAGUUUGGAAUACAGCUGCUCUCAGUGUUUGGAUUUGCGAAUCUAGUCGGCCGUAUCUUUGACAGUGUACUGAGGUUGGGUUGUCGAUCAUUUCCAGCAAUAUGCAAUAUGUUUUACGUUUGUCCUUUAAUAACCCUAGGUCAUACCCUCGUUAUGAAGCUACAGACCUUCACCAAUUGGAUGAUUGCUGUCUGCAUUGUACAUGAUUUUGGAUUUGGAAAUCUUGCUGCAAUUACACCGGUUGUUCUUUACGAUUUAGUAGAACGUGACAAGUUUCUUCAAGCCUUUGCCCUUCUUGGCUUGGCUUGGCUAUUGGAAUUGCAAACUUACUUUGCAAUUUCUUGGGAGGUACGUCACUUCUAUAAUCGUGUGGACAUUAAGUAAUAGUGAUGCUGUAAAGAUUCCUAACUGUUUUUAAUAUAUUACAUACAACAUUUUCCGCUUAGCUGCAAAAAGAAAUCUAAUGCGUUUUCCAUAUCUAACGGAGUGAUAUAGGAAACAUAAAUAAUGUCUUCGAUGACUAAUGAAAUUGUUAAAUAAAUCAACAAUUAUUUAUAACUGAAAAAAUUACAAUUUAAUCUCGUGAUUAUGAUUACAAGGAGCAUACGCGAUGUUUAUGGAACAUACGAUUUUGCUUAUGAGCUAGGGAUAGCAGCAGCACUUCUGGCGACAUUUGGUUUCUUAGUCUUGGCAUGUGUCACGAGGAAAUGCCACAGGAAGGAGGGUAUUUUACAACAAAAUUACUUGAAAACCAAGCCGUACAAAUCUAUACAUUGAACUGUUAUAUGACUUAUAUUCCAAGGAGUCAUUAAAUUGAAUUAGAUAUAUUGCAGUGAU